GUUUAUUAUUAGUUAUAACUACCUCACUGACUAACACCCCCGACUCUCUUCUGUUCCCUCUUUCAAAGAAGCCCAUGCCUGGUGCGUGUGCCUCUGUCUGAUACGGUGGCUAUUCAUUAUCACUGUAUACUGCCAUUGCCAUGGAGCCGGCCAGUCAUGACUUGGAGUGUACGGUGGACGAUUGCCAAAUGGCCCUCAAAACCGUGCGUUUUGAAAGGGAGCUCCAGAAUGCUUUCGGGAAGACCGCACAAAUUCUAGAGACCGAGGGAGCGCGCAUCAAGCGCGUCGAGCAGCUAUUCCUUCAAUUCGAAAACGAGAAUUUGCGACUGCAGCUGGAUCAGAUAAACGCCAAGCUCAGCAAGGCCUUGAAAGCAGAGUCUGAUGCUCGCUUUCAAUUCCAUGCAGCCUGUGACGAGCUUGAUCAUCUUCGGAGUUCCUCGCGCAUCUCAUCCAAUGAGAUAGAAGGCCUUCAGCGCAAGCUUGCCUCACUAGGAAACGCCAAUGCCGAUUCUCAAAGGCUUGUUGCGGAUAACAUCCGCCUUUCCAAAAGUCUCGCGAGCAUAAAGUUAGAGGUGGAAGCACUCAGGACCCAGGAGUCUUCUGGCCGUAUUCCAUUGGCAGAAAAACAAGAUCUGGAGCGUCAGUUGCAUUCACUCGAGCUAAGAAUGGCGAAUGAAAGAACCAUCCAUGAACACACGUUAGCUCGAGAAUCGCAGCAAGCUACAGAGAUCGAAGCACUGAAUGCAAAACUGGAGGAACAAAGCCGGAGAUUUGCAGAAGAGGUUCAGACGCGAAAUCGCCGCGAACACGAGAUUCAUCAGCAGAGCCUUGAAUGGACGACCCAGCGACUCUCCCUAGAAAAAAGACUUGAGACUUUAAGCCGGAAACUUCCGUCAACUAAAGACCCUCCCCAGGUAGCCUCGGAUGGCAAACAGUGGACGCAUGGAAGUUUGAACGGCCCAGAAUCUCGUAACCCUAUUCAUCGAAUUCAUACCAACUCCCAACAGCCUGCCUCAAGGUUUAAUGCAGAGCUUACCAUUGCAACACCAGGGGCAAUCCAAGCCCGAGAGAGGAAGAAGAAAACGGCGGCGCUACCCGGGGACAAGUCUUCAUUUUCAAUAACGCCCUUCUUAAACCGUACAGGCGGCCCCCCGGAUUCUCCCAUCAGUUCUGAUGGUACAGAUGAGCUUCAUGCAAGCCAGACACAUACCGGAAAAGAUGCAAUUUUCCCCAAAGCUAGCCCGGUCCACAACGGUGCUGAUGAUCAACCUCAAGCUCAGCCGACGUUGACCGGUAAACCAGUUCCUCGACUCGCGCAAAGACAACAGUCCGAACCCCCGACGUCGAUUCCCAAUGCCAGACUGAAAGCCAACCAGAAAGUUUCGAACAAAUUAGAUCCCGAGCGCUCGGCCGAUGGGGUUUCUGCACUGGUGUCCCACCUGGCCACCCACACACAAUCCAGGCCGAAGAAACGUAAACUAGGUGCACAGCGUGACAAGAAUUUGUUCGAGGGAGACGAUGAAGAGGAUGAGCUACAGGAAAUGAAAAAGCCGGGCCGCAAGCUUGCUUCCAGUAGUAACGCCGGCCAAAAUGUUGGUCUUGAUCCUGGGCCAUUGUCCGCCUCCACCGGCAGCCAUCUGUCGAGAAACCGCGGCUUUGGUGGAUUUUCCGAUUUCUCGCCUUUGAAACGCGAUAAAAGACGGCCAUGACGCCCGUCAAUCGCCAGGAACGAGAAGAGAAGUGCAGUAAAUUACAUCCACGGAGCCUGGUUUGGCAAAUCACAUGUACAUACCCGCAGAAUGAUAGCAUUGCAGUAAUUGUCG